AAAACUACACCUCCUAAUCCUCUAUACCCCAAAAAAAUACAUAAAAGCAAAAACCUAGAAAUACCCUUCAAUCCAAUGCUUUUCAAAAACACUCAAAACCUAUAAACUUGAAAUACCCAUAUCACAAUUUAUUGAGUUUCAGUCAUGGCACAUGUUCAUUCAUCAACUGCAUUAGCCGAGACGGUGUCAUGGUACUGUGCCAUGUUCUUGGCUCUAAUGUUGGUUUUGAGCUACUGUGACUCCACUGAAAGCGAAUACACGAUUGAGAUGAUAGGAAAGGACAUGAUGAUGAACAAGCCGUGCGAUGAGAUUUACGUGGUUAGAGAAGGAGAUACUUUGCAAACAAUAGGCGAAAAGUGUGGUGAUCCUUUUAUUGUGGAAGAGAAUCCGCAUAUCCAUGAUCCGGAUGAUGUUUUCCCUGGCCUGGUUAUCAAGAUUACCCCUUUCUUGAAUAGGUAGAGAGUUUCAUGUUUUUGUUGAUGAGGAUUGUUUGGAUGCGAGAUAUAUGUUUGGAAGGUUUUUCUUUGAUGUUAUUUAUUAUUAUUGUUCAGUAUUUUGAAGAGAGAAAAUAUUUUCAAUGUACAUUAUGUGAUGAGGUACGUGAAGAAAUAAAUUACUACUUGUCCUUUGUAAAUUGUAACCAUGAAAUUAAAGGUGACAUGUUAUAUAGAUUUUAAUAGACUUAAUUACUUUAAUUAA